UCAUCACAACUCGACCAACGUUCAUUGUUUUCGAGUAAAACAGCUUUUCGACCUCCGACACCGCCACAAGAAAAAAACAAGUUUUUAACAGUUUUUUUUGUGUAACUAACAAAUACUUUAUUAACUAAUCACCGAUAAAGAAAUGAAUAGUCGCCUACAGGAGAUACGGGAAAAGCAGAAGCUGCGACGCCAGCUUCUAGCUCAACAGUUGGGAGCAGAGAGUGCGGACAGUAUAGGCGCCGUUCUGAACAGCAAAGACGAACUGAAGGAGAUUGAGGAGACCAGAGAGACAUACAGGGCAUCGUUCGAUGCUGCCGGGCCGAGCUCCAAGAGGAAGCCUCAGGUGGAGGGAGAGGACACAGAGGAGGACAUUGAGGAGCAGAAGGAAGAGUUGGAGAUGCAGCUGCCAGAUGAGAGCAACCCUUAUGAGGAGGUCUACAAGGACUCUACCACCUUCCUGAAGGGUACCCAGAGUCUGAACCCCCAUAAUGACUACUGUCAACACUUUGUCGACACCGGACACCGACCACAGAACUUCAUCAGAGACGUCGGUCUGGCAGACCGGUUUGAAGAGUAUCCUAAACUCAGAGAGCUGAUCAGACUGAAGGAUGAACUGAUCUCAACCACCAACACCCCCCCCAUGUAUCUGCAGGCCGACCCAGAGCACUUUGACCUGCGUGAUCUGAAGACUAAGUUUGAUGUGAUCCUGCUGGAGCCCCCGCUAGAGGAGUACUACAGAGAGUCAGGAAUACCCCACACAGAGCGCUACUGGAACUGGGAUGAU